AUGGUAUUCGGCAAGGUUGUACAUGUUGCAGUGGAUGCAGUUUUGGUGUCUGCUGUCUUGGCUGGCAUAAAACGUUCAAGCGGUCUAUCGCUCGUCACAAGCAAUAUUGAAAACCAAGAUCUUCGAAAAGCCGUUGAUAAAUUUCUCGAUGUAGGCGAAUGGGUGGUAGAUCAGGAAUUAAUAAGAGAGUCGUGUGGAAAGUUAGGUGUGAUUGCUGGCAACAAUUGUGAUAACAACGAUCAUAAUGCAAAGUCAAAAAAAAGGUCGGCGAAGAAAAUUUUAUGCAUAAUGCGGAACUCGGUUCCCAUGUACACCGCAGACUUAAAGAUAGUGUUCUUAGGCUUCGAAGGAUGGAUAUACAUUGAAUACAUGUCGGUAUAG